AUGAUGGUAGUCUGCGUCGGCGCACUUUUAUGGACAAAAGCUACCCAGGUUCUCUCUGAGUCGCUCAUUGUGAUAGCGCCACAUGGCAUACAGCUGGAAACCUGCCGGGGUUUCCCUUCAAUGGUUUUGCAGCGGACACGUCGCUUCGUCCCUGCAUCCGCCUUGGACACCGUCAUCAUCAACGAAGCUCUGUGGAGAUGGAAUGUGCGCUACUACCUGGCACUCCUAUCCACCUCAGACCAAGGCAAGCCAACUCUCCACGUCGCUUUCGAGGUAGGCAUUCCUGCGUACGCGUGCAAAUGA